UGCGAACGCGUCUUGAGCUAUGUAUAGAAGACGUCGCGCGUGGGGCUGCCCUCCAUCCUCCUCGCAUUGCCUCUUUUUCUCCAUUCUCGUUGAUCGAUAGAGUGUAAUUCUCGCCGCGAUUCAUUCAAUCAUUCCAUCGAUCGAGCGCGGCAGCCAUGGGCGCCAGCAACUAUGUCACCGGGAUCAUCAACUUCUGCACGUUGGUGCUCUCCAUCCCGAUCAUCGGCGCUGGAAUCUGGCUCGCCUCCAAGGGCGACACCGAGUGCGUGCGAUUCCUCCAGUGGCCCGUGAUCGCCAUUGGCGUCUUCAUCCUCGUCGUCUCCAUCGCGGGAUUCAUCGGCGGCUGCUGCCGCGUCGCGUGGCUCCUCUGGUUCUACCUCUUCGCCAUGUUCUUGCUCAUCCUCCUCCUCCUCAUCUUCACCGCGCUCGCCUUCGUCGUCACCAACAGGGGCGCCGGCCACGCGCUCUCCAAUCGCGGCUACAAGGACUACCGCCUCGGGGACUACUCGACGUGGCUCCAGCGAUAUGUGGAGAAGCCCAGAAACUGGCGCCGGAUCGGCAGCUGCCUCAGGGAUUCCAGGGUCUGCAACGAUCUCGACGGCGAUUACAACACCCGGGACCGGUUCUACGCGGCCAAUCUCUCGCCAAUCCAGUCCGGAUGCUGCAAGCCCCCCACCGAUUGUAACUUCCAGUUCCAAAACGCCACCACCUGGCUUCCAUCCCCGACCGCGGCUCCCGCGAACGCCACCGAGCGCGACUGCACGACCUGGAGCAACGAUCGCAGCCAGCUCUGCUACAACUGCGAUUCCUGCAAGGCCGGCCUCAUCCAAAACAUCAAGUCCAAAUACAAGAGCGUCGCCAUAGUCAAUGCCGUUGUCCUCGUCUUGCUCGUCGUCGUCUACUCCAUUGGCUGCUGCGCCUUUAGAAACGCCCGCAGGCAAGGGAACUAUGGCCAUGGUGGCUACUACUACGGCAAGGCUUAGCUUGUCAACUCCAUAGCCAUUUCUUCUUCCUCAGUGGAGUGUUUUUCGCUGCUCCCGAUAUUCUUUUCUUUUCUUUUCAUUGUUUUGUAUAGCUUGGAUUGUUUCUAUACGUGAAUAUCAUUGACUUCGAGCUCCUGGAAAA